AUGGACUUCUCCACAGGGCUCUACACUCUCUCCUCAUGCCUUGCUCAUGAGUAUCACUUUGUGAAAAUGAAUAAGAACUGGACUGAAGCACAGAGAUACUGCAGAGAGAAGUACACUGACCUGGCCACCAUAGACAACAUGGAGGAUAUGAAGAGGCUGGUCAACACUGUAGAAAGUGGUUAUAAUGGAUCAGCCUGGAUAGGGCUGUAUAAUCAUGUUAACAGCUGGAGGUGGUCUCUGGAAGAUAGUGGUUUCUAUGGAGAUGGAGAGGCUGAGUUUAGGAACAGUUCAGAUGGUAAAUACACUAAUCAGCACUGUGUAGUGACAGGAGAGUAUGGGACAUGUUGGGAUCUCCAUUGCGACCAAAAAUACUACUCGGUCUGCUACAACGGUGAGAAAUGUUACUCUUUGGUGUAUUUACAGCUCUAUGAUUAUACUAUCAGAACAUGUAAAAAUAGGAAAUAAGUAUAACAUUAUCAUAACUUCACAUUACUCUAACAUGCAUAUGCAGUGACUGUCACGACUUCCUCCGAAGCUGCCUCCUCUCCUUGUUCGGGCAGGUUUCGGCGUUCGUCGUCACCGGUCUUCCCGCCACUGCCGCUCCUCAUCUCAUCAUUCCAUUUGAUUUGUCUUUAUUACACACACCUGGUUUCAAUUCCCCUCAUCAGUACCUGUAUAAGUGUUCCCUCUGCCCCCUUGUCUUUGUGUGUGAUUGUUUAUUGUGGAGGUUAGUUUAGCUCAGUGGAGCGCUUGUCUUUUGUAUCGCCGGGAUAUUCAACCGUGUACCUUGUUGUUUCCAGUGCGCUGUAUAUUUCCGCACUGGAGUGUUUGACGCAUUGCUGUGUACCGCUGUGUCAACGGAAUGAACCUGUUAUUCUAUGAUUUACCCUCCUGCGCCUGACUCCUUCAUGGAGUCAGCAGGAGAAGAGCCCAUGCCUGGAGUCGUGGCACGGGUCAAGAGCAUUCCAGGAUGCUAGCCAGCUUGGGAGAAGCGAUGGAUCGGGUUCUCCAGGUCAUCCAACGUCUGGAGAGGAGAGGACCCGACCCGUCGGAACCAGCUGAGCGACCGGAUCCAGCCAUCAACACUCCAGCACCCCAAGGGAUUCAUCUAUCCUGACCGAGGGAGUUUGACGGGACGGCUGCCCCCUGCCAGGGAUUCCUCCUGCAGCUGGACCUCUAUUUCGUGAACAUCAGCCCGGCUCCAUCGGAGCGGGAGAAGGUGUCCGCCCUCGUCUCCUGCCUCUUGGGGAAAGCCCUGGAGUGGGCCAACGCGGUCUGGAGAGAAGGAGGAACCGCGUUGGACAACUACGGGGAGUUCGCUCGCCUCUUCCGUGCAGUCUUCGACCACCCGCCCGAAGGACGAGAGGCGGGCGAGCGUCUGGUCCAACUGAGGCAGGGGACGAGGACCGCGCAGGACUUCGCCCUGGAGUUUCGGACCCUAGCGGCUGGGUCCGGGUGGAACGAGCGGGCCCUGAUCGACGGAUUCCGGUGCAGCCUGCGAGAGGACGUCUGAAGGGAGCUAGCCAUGUUAACCUUCGACCAGCUGGUGGACAUGGCCAUCCGGUUGGACAACCUGCUGGCUGCUAGAGGACGUCCUGGGAGUGGCCUGCCCGGUUCACCUCCCCCCAACUCGGAUCGGGAAGAACGGAGGAGGACAGCUUCAGUGUCACUCAUGUGGCAGAAGAGGGCAUUAUAAUGCACGCUGUCGUCAGGGUUCUUCCGGGUCUGGAGGCGGCAGGCAGGGCACUCUCGCAUCACCCCAGGUAGCGCAAACCCACACUCGGUCAGAGCCCUCUGCUGCACACUGCACCAUACACGUCACCUUCCCUGACUACCCCGUAGUUUCCCAGUGUAAGGCUCUGGUCGAUUCAGGCCCAGCUGUGAACUUUAUGGACAGGUCGUUAGCUCUAAGUCUAGCUAUUCCAUUGGUUCCCCUAUCCACUCCACUGCCCAUCAUAGCACUUGACAGUCGACCAUUAGGGUCAGGGUUCCUUAGGGAAGUUACAGCACCAGUCACGAUGGUUACCCAAAGGACCCAUAGAGAGCACGUCACAUUCUUUAUUAUUUUGUCCCCCGAUUUCCCUGUUGUGUUGGGUCUACCCUGGUUAGCACUACACAACCCCACCUUUUCAUGGUCGCAGAAGGUUCUCACGGGGUGGUCGCGAGAGUGUCAGUGUAGGUGCAUAGCUGGAAAGUACAGACACUUCCUCCACCGUGAGCAUCCCCCCCGAAUACCUCGAUUUGGAGCACGCGUUUUCCAAAACGCAGGCGACCAAAUUACCACCUCAUCGGGGCGGGGGGGGAUUGCGCGAUAAACCUUUGAGUAGACGCUGUGCCUCCAAGGAGUCAUGUAUAUCCCCUGUCGCAGGCUGAAACGGAGGCGAUGGAGAUAUACGUCUCCGAGUCCCUGCGCCAGGGAUUCAUACGACCCUCCACUUCGCCCGCCUCCUCAAGUUUCUUUUUUGUGAAGAAGAAAGACGGAGGUCUGUGCCCGUGCAUUGAUUACCGAGCAUUGAACAAGGGGUCAAUACGUUAUAGUUAUCCUCUGCCCCUCAUCCCAUCUGUGAUCGAGUCAAUGCAUGGUGCAUCGAUGACAUUCUGGUGUAUUCGGCUACGCGCGCCGAGCAUGUGUCCCUGGAUCGCAAAGUGCUGGGCCGACUGUUGGAAAAUGACCUUUAUGCCAAGGCAGAGAAGUGUCUGUUUUUCCAGCAGUCCGUCUCCUACCUCGGACACUGCAUUACCACCUCAGGUGUGGAGAUGGAGGGAGAUCGCAUUUCAGCCGUGCAUAAUUGGCCGACUCCAACCACGGUAAAGGAGGUGCAGCACUUUAUUGGCUUUGCCAACUACUAUCGGAGGUUUAUCCGGGGCUUUGGCAAGGUCGCAGCUCCCAUCACAUCUCUGUUGAAGGGUGGGUCGUCCCGGCUCCGCUGGUCUGCUGAGGCUGACCGGGCCUUCAGUAACCUGAGGGUUCUGUUCACCUCAGCCCCGGUACUGGCCCAUCCCGAUCCAUCACUACUGUUCGUAGUGGAGGUGGAUGCGUCCGAGGAAGGGAUAGGCGCUAUCCUGUCUCAACGCUCGGGCAUGCCACCCAAGCUCCGCCCCUGUGCCUUCUUCUCCAAGAAGCUCAGCCCGGUAGAGCAGAACUACGAUGUUGGUGAUCGGGAGCUGUUGGCUGUGGUCAGAGCCCUGACCAUGUGGAGGCACUGGCUCGAGGGGGCAAAACGCCCUUUCCUCGUCUGCACGGACCCCCGUAACCUGGAGUACAUCCGGGCAGCGAGGAGGCUGAACCCUCGCCAGGCCAGGUGGGCCCUAUUCUUCACCCGGUUUGAGUUUACUCUGUCAUACAUUCCGGGUACGAAGAACGUGAAGGCAGACGCGCUGUCAUGACUGUGCGACACAGAGGAGAGGCCCAUAGACAACACCCCCAUACUCCCGGCCUCCUGCAUUGUGGCGCCGGUAGUAUGGGCGAUGGAUGUGGACAUAUAGCGGGCGGUACACACAGAGCCAUCUCCACCUCAGUGUCCAGCUGGGCUGCAGUACGUGCCGUCUCUUGUCCGUGACCAUCUGAUCUAUUGGGCCCACACGUCUCCCUCCUCUGGUCACCCAGGUAUCGGUCGUACAGUGCGCUGCCUGACCGGAAAGUACUGGUGGCCUACCUUGGCUAAGGACGUGAGGGUGUAUGUCUCCUCCUGCUCGGUGUGCACCCAGACUAAGGCACCUAGGCACCUCCCAGCGGGUAAGUUACAGCCCUUACCAGUUCCACAACGGCCAUGGUCCCACCUGUGUAUUGACUUUCUAACUGAUCUUCCCCUCUCUCAGGGUAACACCACAAUCCUGGUUGUUGUGGACCACUUUUCAAAAACCUGCCUCCUCUGCCCGGUCUCCCAACGGCCCUGCAGAUGGCGGAGGCCCUGUUUACUCACGUCUUCCGGCACUAAGGGGUGCCAGAGGACAUAGUGUCUGACCAGGGUCCCCAGUUCACAUCCAGGGUCUGGAAGGCGUUCAUGGAACGUCUGGGGCUCUCGGUUAGCCUGACCUCUGGGUUUCACACAGAGUCUAAUGAGCAGGUGGGAUGGGUGAAUCAAGAUGUGGGUAGGUUCCUGCGGUCCUACUGCCAGGACCGGCCAGGGGAGUGGUCAGUGUUCUUGCCAUGGGCCGAAUAUGUCCAGAACUCUCUCCGUCACUCCUCCACUAACCUAACUCCCUUUGAAUGUGUCUUAGGUUUCAGCCGGUUCUGGCACCGUGGCAUCCGAGCCAGACCGAAUCUCAUGCAGUGGAUGACUGGUUUCGGCGUGCGGAGGAGACGUGGAACGCUGCUCACGUUCACCUCCAGCGCGCUGUGCGUUGCCAGAAGGCCAACGCUGACCGCCACCACAGUGAGGCCCCGGCUUUUGUACCGGGUGAUCGGGUCUGGCUCUCGACCCAGAAUCUGCCCCUCCACCUGCCCUGCCGGAAGCUGAGCCCGCGGUUUGUGGGGACGUUCAAAGUCCUGAGGAGAAUCAACAAGGUUACAUAUAGGUUGCUACUCCCUCCCUAUUACUGUAUUAACUCCUCGUUUCAUGUGUCUCUCCUCAGGCCGGGGGUGGCUGGUCCGCUCCAGGAGUCUGAUGUGCUAGGGGUCCCUCCGCCUCCUUUCGACAUCGAGGGGGACCCGGCGUACUCCGUCCGUUCCAUCCUGGAUACGAGGUGUCGGGUGGGGGGCCUUCAGAGUGGGAGGGGUACGGUCCGGAGGAGCGGUGUUGGGUCCCGGUGAGGGAUAUCCUCGAUCCCUCCCUGUUGCGGGAUUUCCACCGUCGCCAUCUGGCUCGCCCUGCUCCACAUCUUCCUGGCCGUCCCCGAGGCCGGUGUCCAGCAGCGAGUCAAAGGGGGGGAGGUACUGUCAAGACUUCCUCCGAAGCUGCCUCCUCUCCUUGUUCGGGCAGGCUUCGGCGUUCGUCGUCACCGGUCUUCUAGCCACUGCCACUCCUCAUCUCAUCAUUCCAUUUGUUUUGUCUUGUUUAUUACACACAUGGUUUCAAUUCCCCUCCUCAGUAUCUGUAUAAGUGUUCCCUCUGCCCCCUUGUCUUUGUGUGUGAUUGUUUAUUGUGGAGGUUAGUUUAGCUCGGUGGAGCUCUUGUAUUUUGUAUCGCCGGGAUAUUCACCCGUGUGCCUUGUUGUUUCCAGUGCGCUGUAUAUUUCCACAGUGGAGUGUUUGACACAUUGCUGCGUACCGCUGUGUCAACGGAAUAAACCUGUUAUUCUGUGAUUUACCCUCCUGCGCCUGACUCCUUCAAAUCACAUCACUAAAGUGACACUAUAUAAACAUUACUGAAAACAAGUAUAGAUUUCUUGUGAAAUAUUUACCUGGAUAUCAAGAUGCAUUCAAUAAUUGCAGGAAAGACAACCAACAUUUCUGAGAGGUUCAUCUUGUCAAAGGAAAGUAUGACAUGGGAGGAAGGGCAGAGCUACUGCAGACAGCACUACACAGACAUGGCCAGUGUGAGGAACCUGGCUGAGAGCCAGAAGAUAGGGAACAUGUUAGCGAAGGGAAGCUGGGCGUGGAUCGGCCUGUUCAGAGACUGGAGCUGGUCGGACCAGAGUAACUCUUUAUUCAGACACUGCCGUUCAGGAACACCCAAUAAUCACUACGGGAACUAUAUGUCAGUGUUCGAUAAAUCACGCGAAUUGGCAGACUACACAUGUGAGACGGAACUUCCCUUCUGUUGCUACAGUGGUGAGUUAUAUGAUAUAGUGUGUGUGUGUGUUGGUGUGUUUCUGUGUGUGUCACUGGCAUAGCGCUGUUUCUCUGUUUCUCUGAACAUCCCCCCCCAAAAUGCGUCAGCCACUCACAAAGUAUAGGCUACUGAUCGCUGUCCAUGGUUCUGAAAUUGCAACGUCCACACGGCUGCCUAUCGAUAGGCUAUUAGAUUAUGUGGUGCUAGUGCUUGUAGUUGGUGUGGAUGGGUGGGCGUAUAAUGCAAAUGUCUAGGAACUAAGAUUGCGUGUUCGAAUCUCAUCACGGACAACUUUAGCAUUUUAGCUAAUUAGCAACAUACUACUUUUUAGCUACUUUGCAAAUACUUAGCUAAACCUUCCCCUAACCUAACUCAUAACCAUAACCUUAACCCUUAGCCUAGCUAACGUUAGAGUUAGCCACCUAGCUAACGUUAGGCACAACAAAUUGUAAUUCGUAACAUAUCAAAAGAAAUGGAUGGUGGACAUCCACAAAUUAAUACAUACCAUACGAAACGUAGCAUGUCAUACUAAUUGGAGUGUCCCAGAUUUACAUUUACUGUGUUACGUUUACCCAUGAAUCCAGGUUGGUAGUAGCCUAAUUAAAGUGGGAAAUUCAAGCAUUGCAGAUUGUAAAAUUAAUUUUCAAUGAAACAGAAUACUAAUCAGUAACCAAUAGAUUUUCUUUAGAAUAUACCACUAUUCUGUAGGCCUAUAGCCUACCUUAGCUGUCCUCUCACUCUCUCGCAGCUUGGAUAUAAAGUUUGUGCUGCAUAAAACCAGUCUAUGAAUGCCAAAUAAUACAAUCGGUCCUCAACUGGCAGCUUCAUUAAAUAGUACCCGCAAAACACCAGUCUCAACGUCAACAGUGAAGAGGCGACUCCGGGAUGCUGACCUUCUAGGCAGACUUGCAAAGAAAAAGCCAUAUCUCAGACUGGCCAAUACAAAGAAAAGAUGAAGAUGGGUAGUCUGAGAUAUGGCUUUUUCUUUGCAACUCUACCUAGAAGCAUCCCGGAGUCGCCUCUUCACUGUUGACGUUGAGACUGGUGUUUUGCGGGUACUAUUUAAUGAAGCUGCCAGAUGAGGACCUGUGAGGCGUCUGUUUCUCAAACUAGACACUAACGUAUUUGUCCUCUUGCUCAGUUGUGCACCGGGGCCUCCCACUCCUCUUUCUAUUCUGGUUAGAGCCAGUUCGCACUGCUCUGUGAAGGGAGUAGUACACAGCGUUGUACGAGACCUUCAGUUUCUUGGCAAUUUCUCGCAUAGAAUAGCCUUCAUUUCUCAGAACAAGAAUAGACUGACGAGUUUCAGAAGAAAGUUCUUUGUUUCUGGCCAUUUUGAGCCUGUAAUCGAACCCACAACUGCUGAUGCUCCAGAUACUCAACUAGUCUCAAGAAGGCCAAUUUUAUUGCUUCUUUAAUCAGCACAACAGUUUUCAGCUGUGCUAACAUAAUUGCAAAAGGGUUUUCUAAUGAUCAAUUAGCCUUUUAAAAUGAUAAACUUGGAUUAGCAAACACAACGUGCCAUUGGAACACAGGAAUGAUGGUUGCUGAUAAUGGGCCUCUGUACGCCUAUGUAGAUAUUCCAUUAAAAACCAGCCGUUUCCAGCUACAAUAGCCAUUUACAACAUUAACAAUAUCUACACUGUAUUUCUGAUCAAUUUGAUGUUUGAAAAAAAUUGCUUUUCUUUAGAAAACAAGGAAAUUUCUAAGUGACCCCAAACUUUUGAACGGUAGUGUAUAUAUAUUUGCAAAAUAAUAUAUGGGGGAUUGGAAGUGAUGCAGACAAUUACAUUGAUGGAAGCUACAAUCUAUCUGCAAUAUUAAAGCUGAUCUACCCCCCCCCAAAAAAAAAAAUAUAUAUAUAUAUAUAUAUAAUAAUAAUAAUAAUAUAAUACUAAUAAAAAUAACAUUAUCAAAAAUAAAAAAGUGUUACGGUGUAGCAAAAAAAACAAUAAUGGACUUUAUAUUCACAAUGUAUAGCCAUCGAUAUUAUCUUUAUGACUGAAAUGGGGAAAAUGAAUAUGUCAUCGGAUAUUCCCUUGAAUUCUUCAUCGAGUGGUGUGAUCAUCUUUCAGUUCCAGCCAGGUGAGUCUGUUUUUUCUGUGUCCCAAAUGACACCAUAUUCCCAUAUAGUGCACUACUGUUGACCAGGGCCCAUGGUGUGCUGAGUGCAUGUGUAGCAUUGUGUAUAGGCAACACUGUCCAGUUUGUUUGCACUAUCAUUGGAAAUUCAACUAUUCAAAGCUUGGCUUCCCUCUCUCCUUCCUUCCUUCCCUCCCUCCUUCCCUCUCUCCUUCCCUCCCUCCUUCCCUCCCUCCUUCCCUCUCUCCUUCCCUCCCUCCUUCCCUCUCUCCUUCCCUCUCUCCUUCCCUCCCUCCUUCCCUCUCUCCUUCCCUCCCUCCUUCCCUCACUCCUUCCAUCCCUCCUUCCCUACCACCUUCCCUCUCUCCUUCCCUCCCUCCUUCCCUCUCUCCUUCCCUCUCUCCCUUUCCUUUUCCCCUCCCUCACCAUUUUCCAUUUGCCUCUCUCUCUCUAUCUCGCUCUCUCUCUCGCUCCCCUCUUUUGCCCUCCCUCUCCUCUUGCCCUCUCUCCCCCCUCCCUCCUCUUUUCCAUCCCCCUCUCUCCCUCUCGCUCUCAUUCAUCUAUGUUUACCUCAGUGGAUUUGCAUAGCUGGGACUUUUCAUUAAAACACACAUGCUCGCUUGUCUGUGCACACAUAGACUGCAUCCUAAAUGGUAACCUAUAA